CAGAUUUCCAGGCGCCCAGUAACCCCUCCGUGAUUUUAUAUGGUCGACAUCGCACACACACUCGCCAUGCGUAACCCCCCUCUGUCCUGUUCCGCUGGGCUACCGUCGUCUCCCCCUCCACCAUGGUCGCAGAACUGAACAUCCUCUCCGUCAACCUCGCCACGGCGUGCAUGGAGAGCUUCCUCUAUGGCAUCUUCUGUAUCCUCUCCGGCACGUCUACCUACCUCCUCCUCCGCCGCGGGCGUGAGCAGAUGGCUGCGGGCAUGAGCAGCCGGCCAAUGUGGCGGACACCCAUGUUCAUAGCUGGGUGUUUAAUAGCUUUGACAGUCACAGGUCACUGGAUUUUGACCGUCGUGCGCUUGUUCGACGCGUUCGUCAACUACAAGGGCGGCGCGGAGCCCAUCAUUGCCUUUGCAGACCUCUCGAUGAUGACAGAGGUCAUCAAAACUGCGUUCCUGGUGGUGACGGUGCUCAUCUCCGACGCGAUGAUUAUCUACCGGCUGUACAUUGUCUGGAGCUAUAACAAGUUCAUCAUCAUCUUCCCUGUGAUGACAUGGUGUGGGUUGAUUGCUUGCGGCACUGGUGUAUGCUGGCAAUUCGCAGUGUACACCCUGGGGGACGACGUCUUCAAGACAUCAGCUGGCCGAUGGAUUACAAGCGACUGCGUCUUCACCUUCACCACGAACAUCUACUGCUCUUUGCUGAUUGCGUACCGUGUCUGGCGGACACGAAUCACCACCCAGGCCUAUGGUGGUGCUAACAUCAUGGGUGCGCUCGCGAUCAUCAUCGAGUCUGCUGCCCUCCAAUCGAGCUGGAACCUCAUCUUCUUCGUGACCUACCAAGCGAAGAGCAACAUCCAGUUCACGACGUGCGACCUCUGGGCGCCGAUCUGCGGGAUCUCGCUCACGCUCAUCAACCUGCGCGUCGCGCUCGGCUGGGCUCAGAAGGCGCACACGAGCGCGUCGUCCGGCGUGCCCCGCGUCACCGCCGUCUCGCAGGCGCGCUCGUACGCGUCCGCGGCGGACCAGAACUUCGCGAUGCGCCCGCUCGCGGUCAACAUCACGCGCGUCGUCAACCAGGAGGACGACUUCGGCGGCAUGAAGAAGGCGGACUACUCCAGCCAGGGCAGCAUCCUCCCCGUAUGAGCCCGCCGUGGCGCGACGGGUAUAGACUAGACUGAUACCGCGGUGCGCGGGCACCAGAGGGACUCUUACGGAUACACUGGAGGCUGCGCG